ACCGCCGCUCCCCACACACAAACUCAUCGUCCGAAGCUGAUCACCACAGACAGUGCAAGAGGAUCCCGAGCAGAAAUGAAGCUGUCACCCGCUGCCACUCUCAACUCCUCACUCAAUGAGGAAAACAGCCAGAGGAGAGAGUUUUACUCAGCAGAGUGGGAGGAUCAAAUCAUGAGAACUCGCCCUCAGGAUGGAUGCACUUUAAACGAGGUGAAUCGUGCCCGUAAGGAGAGUUACGACAGGAAAUAUCAGGUGACCUACUUGGUGCAGCGAAGCCCGAACAACAUCAUGAGGAUGGGCUGCCUGGGUGAGGAUCUAACUGAGUACCUCCUGCCAUAUCGUCCCCUGCUUCCACUGCCCAUCUUCACACCGACUCCCAUCAGCACUAAAGUGGAGAGGGCAAUGACUCCAUCAGAGCUGAGUGGCAUCAUGGAGUUCGAGCGGGCUCUGGGCAUGAGUGGGAGCUGCCAGGACAAGAGAGACAUCUCGGAGAUCACCAAAGAACUUCCUCCAGUCAUGCAGCCUGUCAGACUUGAUGGCACGAAAGCAGACAUGGUUCAAAGAUCCCUGUCCAGGUCCAUGUCUCACGAGGCUCAGAGAGGCUGAGAGAGGAAGAGACUGAGUGAAAAGGACUGAAUGUGUUGGAUAAUGUCAGCGGGAGUAGAUUAUUGUCACAAUGAUAAUGAUGGAUUGCGAGGCAGGACUGCAAGUGAAGAAAAGGGACUGAUUUAACUAUGAAAGUUUAGAGAUGAUGUAAAAUGUGCUUAAGGCACUAAAGUGAAAAGAUUUUAUUUAAGUAGAUGUUUCCUGACUUAUUUUUGUAAUUAUUCACUAGAAAGUUUCAUUUUAUUUUUAAUAAACAUAAUGUUUAUGGAA